CUCUAUAAUAGAAUGCAUAAUAUCUUGGUGUAACAUCCUGUCAGCCUAUGUUACCAUCAUGACUGCAAACCAUACCAAGCUUCUGCUGGGCGACGUGAAAGAUGUCAUCACCUCACCUUCCCCUCCCAUCUCGGCUGUCUUAGCGGACAGCUGCAUGCUACUGCAUAGCCUUCUUGUUGUUGAUAUAAACCCCUCCCAUCAAGCCCUCCCACACCGUAAGUAGUUGUAACCACUUACUUUUAACCCCAGAGAUCAACCCCAGGUCAGCCCAUUCCCCCUCUUGCGCCUCUCGCGAGUAACUCGCUCGCUAAGGUUACUUUAUUCAUCCUCCUCAAGUCCCCCUUUUUUUACUACAACAACCCUCGCUCUCGUUGUAAACAUUCGCUCCCAAAUGAGGACUGCAUUUACGCUUCUGGGCCUGGUUGGGGCAGCCAUGGCUGGUUACAAGCACGGCGAUGUAGUGACCAAGACCACUGUUAUCGAGGUCGUCUAUACUACCGUGUGUCCUGUCACUGAGACUGUGCACAAGCCUGGCCACACCUACACCACCACCUUCACCACCACUUCUGCGGUAUACACCAAGGUCCCUACUGUCAUAUAUGAGACCGUGCAUGGGCCGGCCGUCACCGAGACUGCCAAGGAGGUUGUCCACAAGACCCAUACCAAGCUCAUUCCUGUUACCGAAGUGAAGACCAUCGAUGGCAACACCGUGACUGUCACAUACACCAAGACCAAGGCCGUGGUUACCGAGGUCCCUGUGACAGAUACAGUCUACACCACGAUUCAGACUACCGUCCAUGAGAAGACAGACGUAUAUGUUACCACGACCUGCCCGGUCACCACCUACACCACUGUCGUUCAGGGAGAGACCCAAGUCAUCACGGCCACAAAUACCAAGACCAUUACGGUUACCUCGGCUCAUAUCGUGACCGAGGUUCAGCCCGUCACUAAGACUCACUACAAAGACGAGACCGUCGAGAUUGUCGUUCCUGGUGCCUCAACCGUUAUCCAGCAGCCCACUCACUACGUCACAGUUGGCAACACACUUACAGCCACCCGCGAGGGGCCCCCUGUCACACUAGUCAGCCCUACAACUCUGACCACGCAGGUCCCGGCCACUUCCGCACAGGCUCCGGUGACCACUUCACCUGUUCCCACUGCCGCGGCCGAUACCAACAACGCACCCAUCAUGGCCCUGGUAGCUGGAAUCAUCGGUGUCGUUGCCCUCGCUUAGAGUGAUGCUUGAAUGAUUCGAGGCAUUCUGUGGCCUCCUCAAUACCCCCUUUUUUUUCUUCCCCUGAUCAUAUCCUACAGCAGGAGGCUUGUAUCCUGGAAUGGCGGGCCUCCUCUGAUAAUUCAUUUUCAUGCCGUUCACGACACUCCUUAGAAUAUGAUGACCACGCCUUCUACGAGACAUAAACCAUUUUCCCCCUCUUUGAUCUAUUUGAUUCCUUUUUCGGAGGGUCGCUAAAACCUUGGUUAAUUUUAGCUAUCUCGCUUGUUUGUCGGUGUAAGUACACAGUAUUGUGGCUCAGAAUGGCUAAUGGUCUCUCGCCAUAAUCGAAGGGUUCGUUGGUGGGGAGACUGUAAAACCGGACAGUAUGAACAAAAGAAUAAGAGCACACAAAGUAUAACUACUAUAUAAUAUACCGCCCCUCUGCUUUUAUAUGAUGGGCUGCCAUCCAUGUCGCGGGCUGUGCGCCAAUAUCAUACGCUUCAAUAUCGUAUAUUAUUGCGUUUCAUUUAC